CACCUGUUUAUUUUGUCAGGUCAUGGAUGCAUGCACUUGCAAGAUAGUUUCAUACGCAGGAAUUCUUGUUAUCCUCUGAACUCAGAGGCGGCAACUCAUUCUCUGAAUUUUGUAACUUAUACAAAAAAAGAAGGCUGAGAACAGAAUAAGCACUAUUAUGAUUAAUCCAAGUAGGUUUAUUUCUGUGACUUUUCAAGAUUGGUGAUAUCACAUUCUGUUAUCGACAUUUGGUCUGUGAUGGCAUGGUUGGAAUUCAAGCACAAAUCUUUAAUUUGUUUGGUAUCUGUGAUAUGAUUUCUUUUGCCAUGUACAGCUGAUUAAUUUGUUCUCUGAAUUUGUUCGGUAUCUGUUGAUUAUUUUACAUCAUCUGGUGUUGAAACCUUGUACUGACGUAUGUUCAUGGGACGUCUGAAGCACUGAACCUGAACAGUCUGCAUCAAGAUUGGUGCGACACCGAGCACCGGUAGACAGUGGCCCUCCGAUCCACUAGUAUAGGCCGCCUUCGUCUCCACCCCGCGCGCACGGUCCAACAACCAGCAGAGAACAGCCUCCGUCGAUCCCCCGCGCGCCUCCGUCUCGCCGUCGCCGCGUCAACUGCCGGCCGGCCGGCGGCGCUGCCUCCGACGAGCUCGCCCGGCGGAAACAUGAUCGUCUGCGUCGCCGUCGUCGGCCACCAGAACAACCCGCUGUACCUGCAGAGCUUCACGGAGGCGGACGACGCCCUCAAGCUCCACCACGUCGUCCACUGCUCCCUCGACGUCAUCGACGAGCGAGUGAACAAUCCCAAAAAGAGUGCACCUACACUGAACGAGACAUUUUUGGGUCUUCUAUAUCCGACUGAGAACUAUAAAGUGUAUGGCUAUUUGACAAACACAAAGGUCAAAUUUUUAAUGGUUACGACUGAUCUUGAUGUGAAAGAUGCAGAUGCCCGAAAUUUUUUCAGGAAGUUCCAUGCCGCAUACGUGGACGCCGUCUCGAACCCCUUCCACGUCCCAGGGAAGAAGAUCGCCUCGAGAAGCUUCGGCGCGAGAGUGAGCACCAUAGUGAAAUCCUUCGGCUCGGGGACUGUCGGUUAAAAACCACAUCCUUCGCCUGAGCACCCCCCUCAAUCAAUCGUCCUGCGCUUUCCACCUUAACCGGCAACCUAUCUUUACCUCCAUUGUGUAUCACAAAAUGUAUGUUGGACAAGAAAUAGUUUGAUACUCGAGGAAGAAUAUAUAUGGCUGUUAUUGAUUACUGAGCAUCAUGCCUUGUUUCCCUUCUCCAA